AUAGACAUGUGGCUCUGACAUCCAAUAGCCUGAUCAUCAGGGCUUUAGUCUGCCUCUUUUUCACUGGAGAUCCCUCUGCUGAAGACCAUCGUAGACAGGGGUUAGCCACGGUUGCAAGAUCAUCCCCACCAGAAACAAUUAUAUGAUCGUGAUUUCCUCCCCUUACGCACCUGCAGCAUCACGUUUAUAUUCACAGCUAGAACCACCGUGUAGCAACCAUGUCUGUAGCGGGGCUGAAGAAGCAAUUCCACAAAGCCACUCAGAAAGUGAGCGAGAAAGUUGGAGGUGCAGAAGGAACGAAGCUUGAUGUGGACUUCACUGAAAUGGAAAAGAAGAUGGACGUCACCUCUCGGGCAGUGCUGGACAUCAUGACCAAGACUACUGAGUAUCUGCAGCCAAACCCAGCCACCAGAGCCAAGAUGAGCAUGAUGAACUCCAUGUCACGUAUGCGGGGACAGGAGAAGGGACCGGGCUACACGCAGACCGAGGCCAUCCUGGGAGAGUCCAUGCAGAGGUUUGGCAGGGAGCUCGGAGAGGAAUCUAACUUCGGCCUUGCUCUGAUUGAUGCUGGGGAAGCCAUGCGUGAGCUUGGAGAGGUUAAAGACGCUCUGGACAUGGAGGUCAAGCAGAAUUUCAUUGAUCCACUGCAGAACCUCUAUGAAAAAGAUCUGAAGGAGAUUCAGCAUCACCUGAAGAAAAUGGAGGGCCGUCGUCUGGACUUUGAUUAUAAGAAGAAACGUCAGGGCAAAGUUCAAGAAGACGAUCUGAAACAGGCACUAGAGAAAUUUGACGACUCCAAAGAGAUUGCUGAGCUGAGCAUGUUCAACCUGUUGGAGAGUGAUAUUGAACAGGUGAGCCAGCUCUCUGCACUGGUACAUGCUCAGGUGGAGUACCACAGCCGGGCCGCUGAGAUCCUCACACAGCUCUCCAGUAAGAUUGACGAACGGAUAAAGGACACUGCCGUCAAACCGAAGAAAGAGUACGCUCCUAAACCACGUACGUCGCUGGACUUCUCCAUCAGUGAGAAUCACAAUGGAGGCCUCCACGGUGCUCGCUCUCCAGGAGCGAGGUCUCCAGCAAGGUCUCCAGCAAGAUCUCCAGCAAGGACUCCAGCCCCGAUGGACCAGCCCUGCUGUCGUGCAUUGUACGAUUUUGACCCAGAGAAUGAAGGUGAGCUAGGCUUCAAGGAAGGCGAUAUCAUCACCCUGACCAAUAAGAUUGAUGACAACUGGUACGAGGGCAUGCUGCACGGCACCUCUGGCUUCUUCCCCAUCAACUAUGUGGAUAUCCUGGUGCCGCUGCCCCAAUAGGACGUCACCACUCCAAGCUGUGGUUGCCCCGCCCUUCCCCCCCAGUAACCCAUGUAACCUUAACAUCCCUACCAACCACCUGUAAUCCACUUAAAAGGAGGCAACACAGCAACAACACAAUAACGAAUGAAGACUGAUGACGAAUUGAAACAAGUAUGCACCAGUUGAGCGUAAAAACCUUAAAAGAGAAAAAAUUCUGCACUUAUGUUGUUGCUUCCCUCUUAUCCCAGGAGGUACCUUCGGCGAGUUUUUCCAUUACUGUCCUGGCUUUUGUCUCUGUUUGAGUUGGCUGUCAGUCCGUCAUAACUUCCAUAAGUUUAUUAAGAGCAGCUUUGCAAAAUUCCACUUUUCUCCCAUUCACUGUACUUUGUGAAAACCUCUACAGUAGAUAGUAAUGUAAACUUUUCUCACAUAUUGGGGAAAAAAAUUGUGUUGUUAGAGACUGUAGGUCAAGCAUGGUUUCAAGUGUUUGUUUUAUCUUAUUGAAAAAAAUGCUGAGCUGAUUUUGUUUGGAAUAUUCCUCUUUUUCUAAUGGUAGUCAUCUCUCAGCAUCCACAGUUCUGUCUAAAGGAUGUCCUCACCUUUUAUUCAGAUUUUUGAGAAAGGUUAUAGACUAGAUUGAAAGAUCUAGUUGAUAACUAACAACCAAGGUUACCCAUUGUAUUUUUGUUUUUUACAUAAAGUGCGCAUGAUUGGUCGUAUGUGAUUUAGAUACCAAAGUUACCUGCAAAAACCAGAGUCAACUCCAAUUUUUACAAGAUUUCCAGACAGCAGUGUCUGUGAAUCUGUUCAACGCAACCGAGUGCAGCUUUGACAUCUCUAGUUCUUUGGUAUUUUAGUCUGGAAGGGUGAAACUGUAUUCUAUAGUAUGUGAUAUUACCUAUCUGAGCCAGUGGAGUGAUGACAUGAUUUUCAAAAACACAAGUUGUGAAGUUUAAACAGUUUAAAGUGAUGUAAGAAAAAUAUGGUGCAUCGAUCCUCUGACGUGUAUUUUAUCAUCGGCUUGUGUGAAAAAUAAUUGAUGUAUUGUGAUAUAAUAACAUAGGACUUUACUGCUAAUUUGUUCCGCAGUUAAAGUUGUAGCAAUUUUUUGCUGCAUAACCUUCUAGUCUGAUUAGUAUUCUGUAGUUUAGCUGUCUAUAAGCCAUCGAUUAAGAUGAAACUAGACAUAGCCAGGAGUGCACAACUGGCCUGACGGAACAAGAAAUAAUUUAAUUUUGUCUUGGUGGAAAUGUUUUAUUCAUUGGAAUAAUGCAACACUAGAAAACCCUUUUCUCCAACAUAAUAUGGACUAUAAGUCGCUAGUUUAACCUUUUCAUUUCAUGAAACCUCAGAACAAUUGCAAGAUUAUAUACUUGUGUUCUUAUUUUCUCUCACCAGCUAUAUGGUUAUAUGCAGUAUUGUGUGGGACUCCCCUUCUUUAAUUUAUGGACUGAUAAUCUAGAAAUCAAACCAGACUUGUUAUUACAGUACAUGUUUUAGUCAGCUAAGCAGUUGGGUGUUGUGCACACGUUAUUCCCUGGGUUUUAUGCUCUGUGAUGUUAACAAUGUAUUAACCUUCUGCAAAAGUUAACACUAUUUUCCAACUCAUCUUGUAUUAAUGUUGUGCGUGUACUUUGGGGGAGGGGUUGGGGUUUGCGUGCAGUACAUGUAAUGCACAGGGAAGGGUUGCAGAGGACCUCUGAUGCUGAGGUAUUUAAGAUAUACUGUCUCUGACGGUGUUCUGCAUUAAAAAAAAUAUGGAUGUCUCUUUAAUCAAAGGCCCAAUUCAUUAUAAUCAGUAGAAUCAGAAUACAUUAUACAAAAUUAACUAAGGUCCAUAUGAAGUGUUGUUUUUUUUAAAGGGAAGCACAACUUAGCAGACAGUAUAGUUUGUUGACUGAGGAAAAAUAAAGAUACAGUUUGGAGGUCUUGGAUUAAUUUUUAAAGGCAAAACAAUUCCUUUCUUCUUUCUCUCUCACUUUUCUUUUAACAAUCGUGUGAAUCUUUGCCCUCAGUGAGGACUGUACAGCUUUUCUGUGUUUUUGUUUUCACCUUGUGUGUAUAGUUGCACAUCUACAGUAACGUAUCUUAUUUUUGUAACUGUGACAAAAGUAUACACAUACAGUAUAGAUGUAUAUAUACAGUAUAUUAUCCAAAAGCAAUGUGAAAGAAAGGAUUAUCCGUGCUGCACAUGAUUGUCUUUGGAUUGUUUUUUGUUUUUUGUUUAUUUCAUUCUUGCACUGGAUUCUAAGACUGAAUGCUUGAUGUGAAGAAAAAUGUGAUAAGUCAAUGUAAUUUAUUCAAAUAAAUACAAAGAAAUGUU